AUGGGGCACAACGCAGACCUGAAUCACGGCAGCGUCACGAGCUGGGGGCUCCGACGAGCGGUUCAUCUGGCGGUUCGGCGGCAGCACGUCUCGCAAAGAGACGACUACAUCGCCGAGAUUCAGGUUGUGUUCGGCGGCGCUGCGUACGAGCUGCCCGAGGGCCAAGGUUGGGAGCUCGUGGAGAAGAGCGCCUCGGGAAAGGGGGCCAACUUGAACAAGGAUCUCAACAGAGGCAAGUCCGGCGACGUGGUACAGCUGGGGUACCAGGUCGGCGGCGCGCUGUCCACCGUUCGCCUGCCUUUUCGUUCCAUGAUUUUGGACCGGUACCCGGAGCAAGACUCUCCUCUGUUUCCUUUCCCUGGGGACCAGCUUCCUAUGUUCGUCUAUCCCAAGGGGAUGCUUUUGGAGCGGCGAUCAGGCCGGGACACACCCAAGUCUUCUUUCUUCAGCUUCGUCUUCACUAACGUGCACGGGUGCAGGACUUUCACGGCCUGCCUAACGUUCUACGAGCCGAUGUUGCCUUCGGCGGCAAGGCGCUUGACAAAGAAGCUUUUCUCUUGUCGCGAGUCAGAAAGUCCAGACCCAGGCGACGAUGGGCCGGAGCAGGCAACCCAAGGGAGAAUGAGGAUGGGUCCCCACGGAUCCAAGUCUUACGGGGGGGGGCUGAGCAGCCUCUCACAGUCCUCCGGGAAAGUGCGUCAGCGAUCAUCCACCGGGUCGUGGUCCGGAGGGGACCUCGGUGCAGCGGCUGCCGCCGCCGCCUCCGGCUGGCCUCCGCAGGCUUUCGUGCGGGGGGCGGGGGGCGGCGUAGGCGCCGCCGCGCACAUGCCGCCGUUGGUGUCGUCGACAUCGACGUCAUGGACGAAGCUGUCGGCGGCCACGCUAGCGUCCCAACGCUUCGGCUCUCGCGCCGACAGCCAACACCAGAGCCCCACGUCUUGGCGACAGCCGUCCGCGGCCGAAGUUUUUGGCGCCGGCGGUGCCAGGGAGACGGGCGGUUACGAUGAUGAUGCAGCGGCGGCGGCGGCAGCGGCGACGCCAAAACGGCAUACUCAACGGGAGGAAAAUGAAAUGUCCCCCACCGUUACGCUGUCCGCCGCGUUCCACGGCGGCAGCGGGCGCGUAGGUGGUGCUGGCGGCACAUCGGGGCGCCCCGUAGAUGGGCGCCGUUGGGAAGAGGGUGACGUACCGUUCCGAGAUACCCUCCGGGAUGUCGGGCCCGAGGGGGUGGCUUUAGGCGCAGCCAGGGAGCUGACAAAGGGGGAGGCGAAGGCAAAGGAGCAAAGCCUGGAAGGAGCCGCAAGAGGAGCAACUCCGGGGGCGGCGAUUGGGACUCAUGUCGUUGCUGGACCGACGGAAGGAGGGAUCACCGCAUCGGCAUCCUCUCGUCCCAAGGCUGUCGAACCGCCGUCUGCGGCCGCUACACUGGGUCAUAGGGUGUCGGUGUCGGCGGCGGCGGCAGUAGGAAGGGGCAAUAACGACGGCGGCGGUGGCCGCGGUAGCAGCAACCCGACCGCCGGGUCAGACGAUCUCAGCGACGAGGAGUACGACCUAAUGUGCCAGAGGGAAGACCGGCCUUGCAUCUUCGCGCCCAAGACGAUCUGCGUCAUCUCGAGGUUCCCCAUCUACGGGGUGCUCCGCCGUUUCCUUCGCCACCUGUACGCCAUCAGCCUCUCGCGGUCCGACGUCCCCCUCGAGCGGUACAUUUCCAUGUUCGUUUCUUGCAUCCCGAUGCCCCCGCCAGGUGGGUGUCCGUUUCAUGUGUACCUCGAGCACCUCGAGAACCAAGACCCUCGACGGUCGCGCCUGAAGCCUCUCUCCCUGCAGAUGCCGCCGGCCGCCUGGCUUCCGCUGAUGGACAUCGACUUCGCGGCGCCCUUCCGGUGCCUGUCGGUGCAGUCUGUGCUCACCGUGUUCGCGCUAAUGCUUCAGGAGGCGAAGAUUCUGUUUCUGUCGAGCAGGGCCGAGCUCCUAACCCAAGUGAUGGAGGCCCUCCGGAGCCUGUUGUUUCCCAUGGAGUGGCAAUCGGUCUACGUCCCGCAGCUGCCGUACGCCCUGGCGGGGUACUUGGAGUGCCCCGGCGGUUUCAUGAUCGGCAUGCGGCUCACCAAGGGGGAGCUGGAGCGAGGGACGGGAGGAACGGCCACCGUCGUGAGGGACCUUGGCCUCGAAGGUGUGGCCAACGCUGUAAAUCUGGAUGCCGGUGAGGUCCUUCUUCACUCUGGUCACCUGGCUGACUCGGUAGCGGCGCCCGAGGGUAACGCGCAGCAGGCCUCCACAGGUAGCCAGAGAGACUCCGCUCGAGGCCACCAAUCACCAUCCGCCAGCGGCGGCGGCAGCUCGCGGCGAAGCCGAAACAGCAGCCAGAGCUCUUCGGGGUCGUCCACGCUGCGGCAAGCGCUCGACGGCAUGUGCGGCUGCGGCGGGAAAUCACUCAACGGCGCGGACAGCAGCCGCUACGGCAGCGGCCGCAACGCGGAUGGUCUGCAGGGGGGCUCCUUCAUCGCGAAGGACGAGGAGACCGCCACCCCGUGGCUCCCCGCGCUUCUCCGCGAGGACCUGGCGGCGCGGCUAGAGCGGGAGCUCUUCAGCGAGGCCGCCGGCGUGCGCGUCGGGGUGGAGGAGGAGCUCGACCAGUACGAGAGCGCGUUCGAAUUCGCGCCUGCGCCGGACAGAACGGACUCCUUCGUGCCGCACUUUAGCAGCGAGCGGAUUCAAAUGGUUGAUGCCAGAGGGGACCGGCUAGGCACAGCCGGAGAUCCAGCACCAAAGAGGCAUCACGGCGGUAGCGCUACCACCUCUUCCGCGGACGACAGCUUCGAUACGGCCUCGGUUGUGCGGGACUGCUUCUUGUGCUGCAUGUCGGAGCUUCUGGGCGGGAUCUGCGGGUCCCUCCGUCAGUCCGAGGCCAGACGCUCGAGACGUAGCCUGCGGACGAAACCGCUUGACGAGCUGUUCAACAUGAGCCGCUUCCUUGAAGGAAUGGACGCGUCGCACGGAGCCCGGCCGUUUCUCCAGAGGCUAACGUCGACACAGGUGCGACGAAGGGUUCAUCCCGCUGGUAGACGAGGUGCGGCUGAAGCGCCCCGACCUGUAUGGGCUGAGUUCGUACAAUCUAUACGGGUCUGCGCGGCUGGAGGGGUCCAGGUCAACGCCGCUCGCGACGCCGGUGUCAGGACGGAGGCGGCGGAGUGCCCCUUGGGAGGGGAUAACUCUUGCACCCCUCAGGGAAAGGGUGGUGGCAACAGCGGUGCCGGCGGGAGUUGGGAUGGUUUCUGCGAGGUUUGCACGGGCCCGCCGGUCAUCAUCCCGGGUCCUACCGCCCAAGGGAUUCCCAACGAGGGGGAGCAUCCUUCCUUCGGGUACGAUGACGGGUGGCCGACGCCUCUAAACCGAGGCCUCCUCCACACGCCCCCCGAAGCUCUGCCGCCGGUCGUGCCCAAGCUGCAGCUCCACGCCAGCUGCCACGCCUCCCGGCCGCAGGGCCCGGAGCAGGGUGUGACGGCCGGAAGGAGAUCCAUGGCUGGGGUUCCAAGGGAUGCGUCCUCGGGGGAGACCGCACCCUCGCAGCAGGGUCUCGGCCAGUCGAGCAGAUUCGCGGAGAGCAAUCAGCUGCCGCAAGCUCCUGGGUAUAAAGGCGAAGCCCGCCUGUGGCGGCCUCACGGGAAGGGCCGCAUGGUGUAUAGUGACUCCACGGUGUACGAGGGCGAGUUCCGUCACGGCCGACGGCAUGGCGAGGGGUCAAUGACGGGCGGAGGGAGUCACUAUGCGGGGCAGUGGAAAGGCGGAAGAAGGGACGGGGUCGGGACGAUGACGUACCCCAACGGGUCGAGGUACGAGGGGAACUGGGCAAACGACGAGCGGAACGGGCGCGGAACCUACUUCUACGCGUCCGGGGCGGUGUACGCAGGCAACUGGAAAGAAGGAAAGAUGCACGGGAAGGGCCGCUACACCAGCGCUAGCGGGUCUUGCUACGAUGGCAUGUACAGGCGCGGCGUGCGCAGCGGACGCGCGAAGAUGGAGUACAGCGGUGGCCAGACCUACGUCGGGGAGUGGGCCGCCGGCGUCCGAAGCGGCUUCGGCACGUACACCUUGGCGGACGGCACCGUUUUCGAGGGGACCUUCAAGCAGGACAAGAGGCACGGGGCCGGCACGCUCCGCCGAGCCGAUGGGGUCACGAGUCAGCUCUGGGAGAACGGCAAGCUGGUGGCGGAAAUGCCAUCUCCGCCGCCGCUGCCACCGUAGGCGUCUCGUAGCGGACAACCUUACGCGCUCGCUUUCAGCCAUAGAAUCUGGACAUUUGUCGUUAUUUUGCUUCGCGGGGAAGUUUUUGAGGGGGCACAGCUUGGAAUGGGGGAGAGGCUCCUGUGCGUGCUGGACCCCGCUAGCCGGUGUCUUGUAACUGUAAAGUACUCUGUGAUA